AUGGACAAGAAAUAUAUUGAGUUAGAUGACAAUGUGCUGGAUCAAAUUCUUAAAUCGGAAACCGACCUACAUAAUUAUUCUCAGCAGGUAGAAUCUGAUUUGAAAAAUCAUGAGAACCUCGAUGUGGAAAAAUAUAUCAAGUCUGGAGAUCAAAUAGUGACAUUACAUAAACAUUUGAAUCAUUGUGAAAACGUAUUGGAGCACACAGAAUCGGUAUUGUAUACUUUUCAAGAAGAAUUACAAAAUAUAACAAAUGAAAUUACUAGGUUACAGCAGAGAUCAAUAUUUAUGGCUCAACAACUCUGUAAUAGACAGUCCUUCAAAGGGCUCAUGCAUCAAUUUAUUGAAGAUGUAAUUGUGUCUGAAACACUUAUUUCAGUCAUAACAACAUGUUCAGUGACAGAUGAAAAGUUUUCAACACAUUUGUCUGUACUGAACUACAAAAUAUUGUUUGUUGAUGAACAAAAUUUCAAAGAUGUAAAAUCUCAAAAUGAUGUGAAAGAUGUAUAUGAGAAAUUAAAAAUUACGGCUACGUCAAAAAUUAGACAUUUCAUUAUGGAACAAAUAAGUAAAUUUAAGAAACCUACUACAAAUUAUCAUAUACCACAAAACACUUUAUUUGAGUAUAAAUUUCUGUUUGAGUUCUUGCUCAAUCAUGAUUCAAUAUCAGCUCAAGAAAUUUAUAAUGACUAUGUUGAUGCCUUAAGUAAAGUUUAUUUUACUUAUUUUAAAUCAUACUUGAGUUAUUUACAGAAGCUACAAUUUGAAGAAGUAGCCACAAAGGAUGAUCUAUUAGCAGUGGAGGACACAACGUCACGUACUCUUUUUCAAAAAUCAAUCAAAAAAAAUACUGUUUUUACGAUCGGAAACAGAGCAACUGUUCUCAACGAAAUUGACAAUUCGAUCAUUAUACCACAUCAAAAUAAUUUGACCAAUUUAUCAUUUGAGGCAAUAUUUAGAUCGGUCCAGUAUGCUCUUGUAGAUAAUGCUUGUCGAGAAUAUAAAUUUGAUUGCGAGUUUUUCAAAGUAGACCAACCCACAGCCCAGGGACUGUUCUCUCAAAUCAUGGGUAAAACACUAGGACUUUUGAUUAAACAUUUAGAACAUUUUGUUGAAAACUGCUAUGAUGCAUUAGCACUUUUUUUAUGUGGCCAGUUAAGUAUGCGUUAUCAAGCUCUUUGUCAAAAUCGUUUAGUUCCAGGGCUUGCACAGUAUUGGGAUACAAUUCUUGCAAUGAUUGGGACCAGAUUUCGAUUUAUACUUAAACGACAUAUUCAAAGCGUUAAAGAUUAUGAUAUUUCCAAAUUUAAUAAAGAGAAGAAGCCUCACUUUGUUAUGAGAAGAUAUGCUGAACUUGUAUCAGCUAUAGUUUCAUUCAGUGAAAACAAUAAAUGUGAACCUGAAUUAAUUUGUAGCCUUACUGAAGAAGUUUUAGGGUUUGUUCUACGUCUUGCCACUAUGUUUAAGACUCGUAAAGAUCGUUUAAUAUUUUUGAUUAAUAAUUAUGAUUUGGUAUUGAGAAUACUAAUGGAACGUGUUAGAGAUAGUUCAUUUGAAGUAGAUAGAUUUAAAGAAGAGCUUUCAGCAAGAAGUAAAGAUUAUGUUGAUGAAGUACUUUAUGUAUAUUUUGGUGGAAUGAUUAAGUUUGUUACAGACGCAGAGAAUGGCCGAGAUAUUGAUUCAGAUUCAAGGCAAUUAGGAUUGACUAAGACAUUCAUAUCUACCUGGAAGAUGUCUUUAGAAGAGAUAAAUAAAGAGAUAUUACCUUCAUUUCCUAAUCUAACAACAGGUGCUUCUCUGUUACAAUUAGCAUUUUCACAGUUAAUUGAUUAUUAUCAUAGAUUUCAAAAAGCUUUAUUAGCUCCAAACAAAGCACAGUUACCUAAUAUACAUGUGAUAAUGAUAGAGAUAAAGAAAUAUAAAACUAAUUAUUAG